CCCCAAGAUAUCCUCUCAUUCAGUCCUCAUCAAGCCUCCAUUCCAAUACUCUACUAAACCCCAAUCACCACCACCCAAAAACAACCACUCCAACACUCAAAGAAGUCCAUCUUCAAACUUCCUAUCACAAUGAAGACCUUUACCGUCGCUUUCUCUCUCAUCUCCCUCUUCUCCUCGGCCCUGGCCAUGCCUGCCGACGCCGCCGCCACCGGCACUUCUGUCUCUGUCUCAUACGACACCAAAUACGACGACUCCAACGGUUCCUUGAGCACAACUGCAUGCUCCGACGGUGCCAACGGCCUGGUCACCAAGGGCUACCCUACCUUCGGUUCCCUCCCCAACUUCCCCAACAUUGGCGGUGCUCUCACCAUUCCGAGCUGGAACUCUCCCAACUGUGGCGCAUGCUAUGCCCUGGAGUACCAAGGCACCAUCGUCUACAUCACUGCCGUUGAUACCGCGCCCAGUGGCUUCAACAUCGGCCUGGACGCCAUGAACACCCUCACCAAUGGCCAGGCCGUCGAUUUGGGCCGCAUCACUGCCACCUACACUCCAGUGGAUGCCAGCUUCUGUAAAAUGAGCGAUUAAUCUGGCUUUUCGCCCGGAAUGAAAGUUGGUCUCAAUGGAGACUGGUUGAAGCAGAUUGAAUGGUAUUUUUUUUUGUUUCGGGUUUACGUUGGAUGCUCACUUCAAAUACUCUCCUUUAAUUGUUA